UGCACACGCCUUCAAAGAUGAUGCUGAGAACUGGCUUUCUGGUUGGUUGAGAGCGACCCCUCGUGACUUGGCGAUCAAAUACCCGCCCAAUUCACCCUCCUAUUGGUUGGAACUGUAGCCGUUUCAGACGCCACACUUCCGCCCGAUAGCGGAUCCAGCCGACUCGGAGUUUCUGUGACCUGCUCCGCGCCAUGGCGUCCCAGGGUCGUCGGCGGAGGCCGCCGCGGAGGCCGGGGACCGUGGUGCCUGGGGAGGCGGCUGAGACGGACUCCGAGCUCUCUGCGUCCUCGUCGGAGGAGGAGUUGUACUUGGGCCCUUCUGGCCCGACACGCGGCCGACCCACGGGGCUGAGGGUAGCCGGGGAGGCCGCAGAGACCGACUCGGACCCGGAGCCAGAGCCGACUGCUGCGCCGAAGGACCUGCCUCCGCUUGUGGUGCAGCGGGAGUCGGCGAGGGAGGCCUGGGCGGCCGAGGAAGCCCCGGCACCGGCCCCCGCGCGCUCGCUGUUGCAGCUCCGGCUGGCCGAGAGCCAGGCGCGGCUGGACCACAACGUGGCCGCUACUGUGAGCGGCGUGUACCGCCGUGCGGGUCGGGACGUGGCCGCUUUGGCCAGGAGACUGGCGGCCGCCCAGAUGGCGGGAUUGGCAGCCGCCCACAGCGUGCGCCUGGCGCGCGGGGACCUGUGCGCUCUGGCCGAGCGUUUGGACAUCGUGGCUAGCUGCUGCCUGCUGCCGGAUAUCCGCGGUGUGCCGGGAACCGAGCCUGAGCAAGACCCAGGACCUCGGGCCUGAGGCUCUACUUCCCCACCUGACUGCCUCCUGGGGCUAGGCCUGGCAGCAUCUGUGACCUGGCUGUGUCCCUGUACUCUUUAUCUCCCUUUCUCCAUCUUGGUUGUCGCCCUAGGGCUAUCCCUGCCCCCUGGAUAAUGCUCUGGUUUUUCCCCAUGGCCCUGAUCCUAACCUCUGGUAAAGAACUUCUCCGUGGUCUCUUUCCUCCUUGGGGCUCCUGAUGUCCCACCUUUUCUAGCGCUUUGUCUUUCUGAUUUUGAUUUCUGGAUCCUUCACUCCCUUGGCUAUAACUCGGGCCCUAGCACAGCUUUCAGGAAUUUUCACUUCCAGGCUGGGUCUCCCCGACCUCCCGACUACAGGCUCAGCUCUGCUUCCUUUCUGGUUCUAGAGUUUAUUCUGCGUCUUUGGCUCCUCCUCCUCCUUGGGCUUGGCUCCACCCCUUCAGCCUGAUCUCAGCUCCUGAGUCCACUGUAUCUUUAGGACAGGUUUUGCUUCCUGUUGCUUUUCCUGUCCUCUUUACACUACCUACCUGGUCCUAAGCUCCAGGGACUUCCUAGUUUCCUUCCUCAGGCCCCAAAUGAUGCCCCCUCCUGCACCAGUUCCCCUGGACCAGUGUGGCAUCUCUUCCAGACCCAGGAACUCUAGGCCAAGGUGGUACCCUCUCCUGACUCUCCAGACCUGAAGUGACACCCUUCAGGCACUUGGGCCCAGUUUAACCCACCACGGUGCUUUUGGUGCAGUAACCACCACUUUGCAGAUAACUUGACAGGUGAACUUGCUGUUGAUUCCUGGGUGCUAGAAGGAUGUGGAUUUCUGACGCAGCUCCUCGGAAGCUCCUGGGCUGGGGUAGCAGCCUCUUUGUGCACCUUGCGCUUCCUCUUUUAGGCCUGCUUCUGGUCCUCGUUCAUUCACAUGUACACCCUCCCCCCAGCCUUACUCCAUCCCAGCCCCACUCUAAGACCUGAGCCCCAGGAUCUUAAGGUGGGGAAGAGCUCUCUCUCUGGUGGACUCAUUAAAAUCUAAACCAUUUCCCAACGUGCUCUGUUCCUCUUCUCCCCUCUCCUGAGUCUAGGAUGGGUAAGUUGGUGAUUUCUCUGAGGAGUCCCCUCCUCUCUAGCCUGUUGAAGGUUCAACAUACACUUUGGGGGUUCCUCGCUGUGUGGUACAACAACCAAGCCCUGCUUGCAAAGAGCUCCCAGUCCAGUGGGGGAGACCAACAUUAAUAUUCUAUAAAUAACUUGAGGAACCAUA